AUGCUAAGGUACCACCCAGACGAUCCGCGGUCUAGUUUGGAGGGCUAUGAAGGGAGCCUGACGCAAGAUGAAGAGGCGGCGCUCGCCGAGCUGCAAUCUGCCGCCCAAGGGUUGGACCUGGGUCUGGUGAGGGGGGCCUACGGACAGGGGUUCGAGCGGGGGGACCAUGCGGUGGAGCCUCUGAGGCUGUGCCUCUUGCGGUUCUUGAGGGGGAACGCGUUCAUCGUGAACAAGGCUCUCUCCCAGUUGGAGGAUUGCGUCGAAUACAGGAGGCAACACCCAACGGACAGGCUGCUGACCAAGUCACCGCACGACAUAUUGGCGUGCAACGUCGAGGACUUCAACAGCUUCUACCCAAGGUGGCUCAUGGGCUUCGACAAGUUGGGCCGUCCCAUCUUGGCGACCCGGUACGGUUCUCUACGGUUAUGGGAAAUGACGAAGCUCACGACGGUCGAGCGCAUGACCGAGCUGCACGCGCGGGAGCAGGAGCUGCUGCUGCGGGUGCUCCGCAGGCGCACACUGGAGGGGGGGGGGGGAGGGGAGGGGGCCGCGGCGGAGCGGGCUGGUCAUAUCGUGGACACCGCGGUGGUGGUGAUCGACACGGGCGGGCUCACGUUGCGGCACGUAACCAAGGCUUUCGUGCGGCUCUUCAAGUUGAGGGCCCACAUGGACCAGCUCCUGUUCCCCGAGAUGUUGGGGAAAUGCUUCAUCGUCAACACCCCGAGCCUCUUCAGCUACGUCUGGUCCAUGUUUAGCCCUCUCGUUGACGAGCGCACACGAUCCAAGAUUUCCAUCAUCUCGAAGCCGCAAGACUGGACCAAGGCUCUCCAGGAGAUCGCCGACCCGGACCAGCUGUCGCCGGAGUACGGCGGCACCGGCAGGAGAAAGGAAGACCUGCCUUCGCUCGCCGACGCGCUGUAUGCCGCAGGCAGCCGCGGCGGCAGCCGCAGCGGUGGAAACGGCGGUGGAACCGGCGGAGGCGCCGCCUGCAAUGGUGGUGGUGGUGGCGAAGACGGCGGCGGCGGAGCGGCAAAGGUCGGCGUUGCCGCGAGAAGUCAGGCACGGCUGUCCCCGCCCGAGCCCCCGCAGCAGGAGCAUCUCGAACACGAGGAGGACGUGGCGAUCAAAGGGAGCGAACAUCGAGGUUGGUUCGGAGGUCGUGCUGCAACUUGGGGGCCGGUCGGCUGGUUCUGGAGCAGUGCGUGGGGCGGCGGCGGCGGCGGCGGCGGCGGCGGCGGAAGCGCGGGCGUUGCCGAAGGGAUGCGGGAGGAUGCGGAGGAAUCGGUUGCAACCUCCGACGAAGAGUUUUUCGACGCGCUCGCAGAGCUGGACCACUUCCACGCCUCCCGCAGCACCGGCACCGGGGGAGGUGACACCCUCCCGCGCGGUCGGAGCCGAAUCAGGAGCGAAAGCGGCGGCGGUGGCGGCGGCGGCUGCACCAGGAGCAGUCAAGACGACAUGGACGUCGAGGUUCGGCCGCUCCCCCUCCGGAACCGCCGUCGACGCGGUCUGGCGGAGGAGCUGGGGGGGAACGACGGCAGACCUCGCCGACCUGAGCACGCCGCCGUUGAUCGGGGGAGGGCGUUGUUGCCCGGGCGGCCGCGGGUGUCUGCGGUGCUGGGGUGGUGCUACCAGCCCGUCUUGCGGAGGUUGAAUCAGAAGGGUGUCGACAAGUUGGUGCGCUGGCUGUGCUUCGCCAACGCGGUGUCGGCCUCGCUGGCCGUUGCCGUCGUCGUCACGGGGGCCUUCAGCCUCUCGAGGGCCACCGUGCUCGGCCUCCAGUGGUGCGCGGUGACCGCCGUGUGCCUGGGCUCUCUGCUCCUCCUGCUGGCGCUGCUCGGCGCCGCCGGCGCCCGGCUCCGCAACCGCUUCUCUCUCCUGGGUUUCGCGGUCCUGGAGGGGGCCGUGGCCGUAGGGAUGCUGCUGAGCGGCACGUGGUGUCUGGCGCUGGCCGGCGGGUCCGCGACUCUGUCUGACCUCACGUGGGAAGCCAUGAACAAGGAGAUCAGGAACAUGGAGGAGGAGACGGCGCGUAGAGACGACGAGAAGCGCUUCAAGCAGCUCCGACGGUCGGCCCAGGAGGCUAACGCCCUCUGCACUAUUUUCGCGUGUGUGUGCACGGGAUACGGCGGCUACGCGUUGUCGUUCACCGUGGCGCUGGGCCUCGGCGCCAACGUGACCUCCACCUACCUCCUGGUGGCCGGCGGGUACCUCCUGCUGCUGGCCGGGGCCGUCGGCGCGUGGGCCGCGAGGAGCGGUCGUCCCGACGCCUUCCGCAUCCACUUCGGGGCCCUGCUUCCCGCGGGAGCGCUGUACGCCUCGUUGACCGUGGUCCAGCUGGUGAGCGUGGGGCCCAGCGACCGGCGAGUGAUGCAGGCGUGGGAUAACCUCCACGCGGAGGGGGAAAGCCUGUACAGCGUCCAGACCAAGGUCGGGACGAUGCUCAUCGUCAGCGGGGUGCUGAGCGUGGUCACCUUCGCCCUGGUGGUGUGCGCGGCGGUGGCCUCGCGGGCGGCGCGGAACGCGUUGCUGCACCUGCCGGAGAGCAGCCCGCACCGGCACCGCAGGCAGGGGAAGCUGUCCCGCGGGGAGAGGCUGGCGGUCGCGUGGGCGCUAGCCCUCGCCGCCACCUCGACCUUCAUCGACGGGUCCUUCGCGGUUUUCAGCGCGUGGCUGGCGCGCGACGGGGAGCAGGCCGGGGUGUGGCUGCUGGCAAUCUGGGAAGGGAUGGGCCGCGGGGACGGUCGCUACGUCGACGGGGACACGUUCAUCGUCUCCACGGCGAUCAUCGUCGCGACGAUCGUCGGCCCCGGGGCGAUGCUCUACGCGUGGGCCGUCUACUGCCGGAAGGGGUACCGGUUCUCGGUGGGCAUCCUGGUGUGCGCGGCCUCGCUCCACACGCAGCUGCUGAGGUACGUCACCUCGGCGGACUCCUCGGAGUCGAGCGCCGAGCCCGGCAGCAAGGCGUUCUUCAUCGCCGCGAGCGUCGUCCUGGCGCUGCUGCAGGUGGCCGGCGCCCUCGCCGUCCUGAUCUUCAACGUCGGGAGGAUGACCAAGAGGGUGCACGCCGCCGAGAAGCAUCCGGACCCUAGACGGAUAGCCUAGCGCUUCCCCGUGUCACCAGCGAUGUCUUUCGGCCGAGAGAGAAGAACGAGUUCGCCGCAACUUUAAGACAGCUUCGGUCGUUUGGUGUGAACCCUUGUAUUUUGGCCUUGUCGAUCGACAUUUUUCUCAGUCUAGAGGGCGUCCGGAGGCUGCUGAAGGAAUGAUGCCGUGUUGAUUAUUGUGAAAAGGACCUCCUGCUCUCCAGAUAACAACCUCAAUAGCUAUGUAAAUGCACGGCGUACG